GUUACAACUUUAUGUUGUAAAUAGCGAUGAUGUUUUAUGCUAUGUACAGUAAAUACAGUUUAAUAAAUAAGAGGAAAAAACAUCGUUCUUUUGAUUCCGUGUAUGACUUCCGAGUUACAGAAACGCUCCUUCCGCACGUCAUAUGGGCGGGGUGGCGAAGUGGAAAGCAGAAGGACCACCAUUUUACAACGCCGUAGAUUUUUAACUUGUGUGUCUCGGGGAAUACAUUGAAGCUAUUUCUUCUGACAUGGGUAAUCGGGUAACCCGCGAGGACUAUGAAUGGGUCUAUACCGACCAACCACACGCUGACAGGAGGAAAGAGAUCCUUGCGAAAUAUCCACAAAUCAAGUCUCUGAUGGGUCCUGACCGCACCCUGAAAUGGAUUGUGUGCUUGAUGGUGGCUAUCCAAUUUUUAGCUUUUUAUUUCAUCAAAGAUAUGGACUGGAAAUGGGUUUUGUUUUGGACUUACGCUUUCGGGAGCUGUAUCAACCAUUCGAUGACUCUUGCUAUCCACGAAAUCUCCCACAAUACUGCUUUUGGAAACAACAAAGCCACGUGGAACCGAUACUUUGCCAUGUUUGCCAACCUCCCAAUCGGCUUGCCCUACUCUGCCUCGUUCAAACGCUAUCACUUAGACCAUCACCGCUACCUUGGAGGAGAUGGCGUAGAUGUCGACAUCCCGACUGAUUUUGAAGGCUGGUUUUUCUGUACACGUUUCCGCAAAUUCAUCUGGAUUAUUCUUCAGCCUCUUUUCUAUGCCAUUCGACCUCUUUGUAUAAACCCAAAACCUAUAACACAGUUGGAACUGACCAAUGUUUUUGUUCAACUCUCCUUUGACGUUCUGCUCUUCUGGGUGUGGGGGGUCAAGCCUGUGGUGUACAUGCUGGCUGGCUCCUUGCUAGGUAUGGGUAUACACCCGAUCUCUGGUCACUUCAUCGCCGAACACUACAUGUUCCUCAAGGGCCAUGAAACCUACUCCUACUACGGCUGCCUCAAUCUGCUCACCUUCAAUGUUGGCUAUCACAAUGAACACCAUGACUUCCCCAGCAUCCCGGGACGAAGGCUCCCUUUGGUGAAGAAAAUAGCUGCAGAGUAUUAUGAUGACCUUCCUCAAUACACAUCGUGGGUGAAAGUGCUGUAUGACUUCAUCAUGGAUGACACAUUAAGCCCAUACUCGCGUGUCAAGAGGAAGCUGAAAGGAGAUGUCAAACUGGAGUAAUUUCAAUGAGAGCUUCUCUGGAACAAAACAACAAAGACGUUUUGUUCACUUUUUAAUAGAAAGGUAUUAACAUUCAAAAUGUUGAUUCCCUCCUCCCUCUCUUAACCUCAAUUCACAGGAAAUAUUUAAUUAUCAAGGUCUGAAAGCCAACUUGUAUACUAUAAUCCAUUCACAGUUGUUGGGAUAUCAAUUGAAGAGACUGCCAUGAGAUAUUUGUUACUGUUGAUGGACAUCGUUGGUUAUGCCUGGUUUGUGUGUUGGUCAAAUAUUUUUUCUGAAAUUAGACGCAUAACAAAGAUUUUGUUGCAGUAAACCUUUUUUUCAUAUUUAAGAGAAGAAAAAAAAGGAAUCCAUUGUCGGUGUGUAUUUUCAAUAUUUUAAUGGGCUCUGCAACAAUUUCGACCAUGUGUGUCUCCUUUUUAAGUCUUCACUUUGGCUAUUUCAUGUGUCUCCACAUUUUAACAUUUUUCUUCUGCAUCAAAUGUACUAACGACAGUAAAUUAACACAUUGAAUAAUAUUAAUUGCAUCUUUGUUUAAUGACAAUUGUCUGCUUCAUUCAGAUGUUUUGAGUAAAACUUAAUUUAGAAAUU